AUGCAUGCAAAAAAUGCAAAGGCUUCUUCCCUCCUCUUCGUGGGGAGACUUCUUCUGCUUUUCCCUGUCGCUGACGGCUCCCUUCGGGCCCUCACGCGGCGUCCGGUCUUCGCUUUGUCUCUCGUUCUCCUCGCCCUUCGCACAGUCCUGGAACGUGGGUGCACUCUCGCUUCGUCAUCAACUGCGUCUCUGUCGUCGCCAGUUUCUUCUCUCCUCGCCAGCGUCCACGGCCGGGUCGGACAGAUCGCGAGAGUGGAAGGCCUAUCAGACUUCUUCUCUUCGACAGACCCAUCUGACGAAGUCCUAAUAUCGCCGUCGUUUUCCCCUCCCUCGCUUCCUCUGUUCCCCAACUCUCUCUCCACAUUCCUGCCUCUCGCUUCCGCUUCUCCGUUCCUCCCGUCGUUCACGAGCCUUGCUCCCUCCAAUCCGCCAGUGUCGUCGUCUGUCUUGUCUUCUCCGUCUUUGCAUCCAAGACAUGCUUUGGCAGAUGCGCUCGCGGUAUCUCGGCGGUUGGCGGCUCCCCAGGAGCUGCCAUCCACGCAAAACGAUUCGUCAGAAACACAGGCAGAAAGGGCGCGCCGUCUCUCCUCUCGUUCGGCUUCUGCCGGGCGAAGCGCACUGACAGAGAGAGAUGAAGGUCCGCACGAGAUCAGCACGGAAACAGUCUCUUCUUCGUCUCCUCCGUCUCCCUCCCCUUCCGCUCGUUUGUCGCAUUCUCCUUCCUCUCGUUCUCCUCCUUCCCCUCCUUCCUCUCUUUCUCCUCUUUCCCCUCGUUCCUCUCUCUCCUCUCCUCCUGCCUCUCUCUCUUCUUCCUCUCCUUCGUCUCUUUCCCAUGCGCCGUCUUCCUCUGCGUCCUCUCCUUCGUCUUUGGGGGGGAGGGCGGACGAGGCGCUUUCUGGAGACAGUGGCGACGAGUCGCGAUCUCUUUCCGAGUCUGCAGACAAAUCCGCUGAAAACGCGUCUUCGCUGGACGGGCGCCGGUGCGGUGACGGGGCUCCAGAGGGUUGCCAAAGUUACGCGCCUCGCGUAGUAGAGACAAAACUCGAAGAGAGAGACAGACGGAAGAACACGAGCCCCGGCACAGAAAAGAAAACAGGGGAAAGAGGAAAAGGACCGGGCGGAGACCAGAAGAAGAAGGAAGAGAGAGAGACGGCAGAGGAAGAGAAGGAAGAGAAAGAGGAGGAAGAGGAGGAACGGAAGAAGGCGAACGAAGAAGCAGGAUUAUCUGAGAAGCCUGGCGGAAAAGAAGGGGAUCGCGAGGAGGAGAAAGGCGAGAGGAAGAACCAGGUGGAUGUUAUAACAGAUGGCGAAGGGAGAACAGACGAGCACAUUGCGGGGGCUCUGGGUGUAGAGCCGUCGAAGCGAUUGGACGCGAGAGGGAAUGGGGAGGAUCCGCCGACAAAGGGAGAAGGCCUGCCUUUCGAGGUCUCCGCUGAGGCAAACAAACAGCCGCUCACCCGAGAAGAUCUGGAAUCUGACGCAGGGCUAUCACGUGGCUCUGUCAGCACUGUCACAGCGCGCGAGGGCGGAGCAGAGACGCUUCGGAGAGACGAAGUUCCAGAGGGGGAAGAAGCGAGAGAGGGAGAGCGUGAGCGAGAGGAAAGGAGAGGUAACCAAACAGAGAGAGAAGCGAUCCAUCGCGGAACCGAGAAGGACAAGAGAGGGAACUCAGAGUUCGACUCGUCAGAGACGUUUUCGACAGACAGCGGGCGCGCGGAUCGAGGUGGAUCCCCUGUUGAUGAGAGAGAGAUGCGGACAGCAGAGAUGCUUCGCGCAGGCGUCCAAGGAGAGAAGGCGGCGGCCGAGGACCAAGAUGCGCCAGGCUCUCGCGUCUCCUUCGUUGCCUCCCCAACUGCCGGCAAGCUGCAAGAGGCCGUUCCUCGCAGCAAGGUCCGGGGUCGGCAGUUGGCUCCAGAAGACGCGGCGGGCGAGUCUGCGAAGCGAGGACACGAGCGCCCCCUCGGGGAUCUCGCGCCUCGCGGGGGCGUGAGUGGGGGGAUCGGAGACGCUCUCCUCGGCGUGCUGCCUUGUGCGCUUUCCUCCGUCUCAUCUCUGCUCAAGUUCGUCUUCUCGUCGGUUCUUCCCUCCUCGCCGCCCAAUCGCUUCCUCGCCUCUCUCCUCUACGUCUACCCCGACAACGCGCACCUCGCCAUCCCGAGCGAGAGCGCGGAGGCUCUGCUCGAAGAAGAAGAAGUCGUUCUCUCUGGCGACCCAGGGGAAGAAGACGAGGAGUUGUUUGCGCGCAAACAACGUGAGAAAGAGAACAAACGCGCCGCUCCUGUGCAGGCCCGCGAGGGGACGCAAGGCGCGGCGACCGCAGGCAGAACCGUGGAUUCGCGUGUCACGGCAGCCGACGGCGACGGACCGCAAGGCGCUGUCGCCGGCGAUCGCCGUGGAAUGGCGACUGAGACGACGUCGAACGGGACGCCGCCCUGGGGCGUCCACUUUGCGGAGACCUUCGAGGGCGAGAUGAUUUGUUUCCAGUGGAACGUCUUCAACGGCGCCUUCUCCCUCGCCCUCGCCUACCUGUGCUCCCCGCUCUACCGCCACGCCGGAUUCGGCGCGGGCCCCGCAGCGCCUCAUGUGGCGGUCUCGACGCCUUCGUGCUCGGAGGCCGCACCGGGGUCUGAGGUGUCUGGACACCCGACGGCGUUUCUGCCUUUCGCGCGGCUCGCCCGCGCCGCAGCUUGGCCGUUUUCCUGGAUGUUUCGCGUGCUUCGCGGGGGCGCGGCCAGCUCGUCCCAGGUCCUCAAGCGUCUCCUGGCCGGUGCCUUCUCCUCGUCGCUGUCUUCCUCGCUGCUUCCUCUUCCGUCAUUCUCCUCGUCGCCCUCUGUCUCGCCUGCGGGUUCGUUGCAGGUCGAUUUGUCCACGCAUGCGCCUGCCGACGCGCUGGCGGCUUCGCUGUAUCAGGCCACGGGAGCCGCCUUGCCGGACUUCGCCGCCGACGAGGCGUUCGCGACCUCGUUCUCGCCCUUCGAGGCACAGACGCCCGCACACAGACCCGAUCGCCACGCUGUCCCCGGGGCGGGCCGACUCGCGGGCGCCCACGCCGACGUACUGGGCGACAGAGGGACACCGCGCGAGCGCGCCUUCUUCGCGGCUUUGGGGGCUCGGCCGGGCGUGGAAGGCGUCGGAGACUUGCCCCUGCGGUCCACGUGGCGAAUAGCCUGUCUCUCCGCCCAGGCGCUCCAGUCCUCCUCCGCCGUCCUGCAAUCCUUCGGCUGUACGUACACCUCGCCGGCAUCCACCUUCGUGGGAUGGAUCCUCGCCACGCUGAGCAUCGCGACCUCCUUUCUCCACCCCAUGCUCUCGCUCUUCAGCAACUGCAUGUCGGCCGCCUACGACGUCUACGCGCUGAUGUGGUAG